CGGGUGUGAAACUUACUUUAAAGGUUUGCUGUAACAGAGGCCAGGAUGUCUACUCCAGAUCCUCCCAUUGGAGGGACUCCUAGGCCUGGUCCCUCCCCGGGACCCUCACCAGGCUCCACCCAGACUAUGAUGGGUCCCAGUCCAGGACCACCCACUUCUUCAGGUCACUCACACCCACCGCAAGGGCCAUCAGGAUACACCCAAGAAAAUGUGCACCAACUACACAAACCAAUAGAAGGCACACAUGAGAAGGCCCUGCCCGAGGACCCGCGUUUUGGCCAGAUGAAAGGAAUUCCCGUGAGACCAGGGGGACACAGUGGGAUGGGACCUCCACCCAGUCCCAUGGACCAGCACUCGCAAGGAUACCCAUCCCCACUGGGUCCCUCAGAGCAUGUGUCCAGCCCAGCGCCCGCUAGUGGACCUCCACCUGGUCCUGUCAUGCCUUCCUCAGGCCCUGGCCCUUUCCCUCUGGAGAGUGGAGAUUCUCAACCGCUGCCUCAGCAAAACCGGCCCGGGCCUCUGAACGGGGGAUCCGGUGCCACUGGAACCUCCUCUGGCACAAGUGGACCAACCCCUUUUAACCAGAACCAGCUUCAUCAGCUGAGGGCACAAAUCAUGGCCUAUAAGAUGCUGACACGUGGGCAACCUUUGCCAGACCACCUGCAGAUGGCGGUGCAGGGCAAGAGACCAAUGCUGGGCAUGCAGCAGCAGCAGCCGACCAUGCCCGCUUUGCCUCCUGGGCCAGGAGGAGCAGGACCUGGUACAGGCUCAGGACCAAUGGGCUCCACCUUCAGUCGAACUCAUGGAAUGGUUGGACCCAAUAUGCCGCCUCCAGGACCCUCUGGUGUUCCUCCUGGAAUGCAGGGCCAGCCUCCCAAUGGUCCCCCCAAAACAUGGCCUGAAGGUGGUCCUAUCGUGAAUGCCGCAACACCUUCAAAUGCUCCUCAGAAACUGAUCUCUCCUCAACCCACGGGACGACCUUCACCAGCUCCCCCUUCUGUACCCCCUGCCGCCUCUCCCGUCGUACCCCCCCAGACGCAGUCGCCUGGGCAGCCAGCCCAGCCCACACCUGCGGUACCACCCCACCAGAAGCAGAACCGCAUCACUCCCAUCCAAAAGCCCUGUGGCCUAGACCCUGUAGAGAUCCUGCAGGAGAGGGAGUACAGGCUUGAGGCACGCAUCACUCAUCGCAUUCAGGAGCUGGAGAACCUUCCGGGUUCGCUGGCCGGUGACCUGCGUACUAAAGCUACUAUUGAACUGAAGGCCCUACGACUCCUUAACUUCCAGAGACAAUUGCGUCAGGAGGUGGUGGUGUGUAUGAGGCGUGACACGGCUUUGGAGACGGCUCUGGAUGCUAAAGCCUACAAACGCAGUAAACGUCAGUCGCUGAGAGAGGCUCGUAUCACCGAGAAACUAGAGAAACAGCAAAAGAUCGAACAAGAGCGCAAGCGCCGUCAGAAACACCAGGAGUACCUGAACAGCAUCCUCCAACAUGCCAAAGACUUCAAAGAGUACCACCGUUCCAUCACGGGGAAGAUCCAGAAACUGACCAAAUCUGUGGCCACCUACCAUGCCAACACUGAAAGGGAGCAGAAGAAAGAAAAUGAACGCAUCGAGAAAGAGAGAAUGAGGAGACUGAUGGCAGAGGAUGAGGAAGGCUAUCGAAAGUUAAUUGAUCAGAAAAAGGACAAGCGUCUGGCCUACUUGCUGCAGCAGACUGAUGAGUACGUAGCCAACCUCACUGAGCUGGUUCGAGCUCACAAAGCCGUCCAGGCACUGAAGGAGAAGAAAAAGAAGAAGAAAAAGAAGAAGAAGCUGGAGACUGCUGAGGGACAGACUGUUGCUCUGGGACCUGAUGGAGAGCCUCUUGAUGAAACGAGUCAAAUGAGUGACCUGCCAGUGAAAGUCAUCCAUGUGGACAGUGGGAAGAUUCUGACUGGUGUGGAUGCUCCCAAAGCUGGUCAGCUGGACACCUGGCUAGAGAUGAACCCAGGUUACGAAGUAGCCCCGAGGUCAGACAGUGAAGACAGCGGCUCUGAAGAAGAAGAGGAGGAAGAGGAGGAGCAGCCCCAGCCCUCACAGCCCCCCGUGGAGGAAAAGAAGAAAAUUCCGGACCCCGACAGCGAGGACGUGUCAGAGGUGGACGCUCGUCACAUCAUCGAACACGCUAAGCAGGAUGUAGAUGACGAGUAUGGCAGUGCAUCCUUUGCCCGCGGCUUGCAGUCUUAUUACGCGGUAGCCCACGCCGUGACUGAGAAGGUGGAGAAACAGUCCUCCCUGCUGGUAAACGGCCAGCUCAAACAAUAUCAGAUCAAAGGCCUGGAGUGGCUGGUGUCUCUGUACAACAAUAACCUUAAUGGCAUCUUGGCUGAUGAGAUGGGCCUGGGCAAGACCAUUCAGACCAUAGCUCUAAUCACAUACCUCAUGGAGUACAAACGUCUUAACGGCCCCUAUCUGAUUAUUGUACCCCUCUCGACUCUCUCUAACUGGGUUUAUGAAUUUGACAAGUGGGCCCCUUCUGUUGUUAAAGUCUCUUACAAGGGAUCGCCAGCUGCCAGAAGAGCCUUCGUACCCCAGUUGCGUUCUGGAAAGUUCAACGUGCUGUUGACCACCUAUGAGUACAUCAUCAAAGACAAACAAGUGCUAGCUAAGAUUCGUUGGAAGUACAUGAUUGUGGAUGAAGGCCAUCGUAUGAAGAACCAUCAUUGUAAGCUGACGCAGGUGUUGAACACGCACUACCUUGCCCCGCGUCGGGUCCUCCUCACUGGAACACCGCUGCAAAACAAACUGCCUGAGCUUUGGGCCCUCCUCAAUUUUCUGCUGCCCACCAUCUUCAAGAGCUGCAGCACCUUUGAACAAUGGUUCAAUGCUCCCUUCGCCAUGACUGGAGAAAAGGUGGACCUGAAUGAGGAGGAAACCAUUCUGAUCAUUCGGCGUCUACACAAGGUCCUCCGACCCUUCCUGCUCAGAAGACUGAAGAAAGAAGUGGAGGCCCAGCUUCCAGAGAAGGUGGAAUACGUGAUAAAGUGUGACAUGUCAGCUCUCCAGAGGGUUCUGUAUCGGCACAUGCAGGCUAAAGGAGUCUUGCUGACUGAUGGCUCGGAGAAAGAUAAGAAGGGUAAAGGAGGCACUAAGACUCUGAUGAACACUAUCAUGCAGCUUAGGAAGAUCUGUAACCAUCCCUACAUGUUCCAGCAGAUCGAGGAAUCAUUUUCAGAGCACCUUGGUUUCUCAGGGGGUAUAGUGCAAGGUCCCGACCUCUACCGAGCUUCGGGCAAGUUUGAGGUACUGGAUCGCAUCCUACCAAAGCUUAGAGCCACCAAUCACAAGGUACUGCUCUUCUGUCAGAUGACCUCUCUGAUGACUAUCAUGGAGGACUACUUUGCCUACCGAAACUUCAAAUACCUACGUCUGGAUGGUACUACCAAAGCAGAGGAUCGUGGGAUGUUACUGAAAACCUUUAAUGAUCCUGCAUCUCAGUACUUCAUCUUCCUCCUGAGUACCAGAGCAGGGGGGCUUGGACUCAACCUGCAGUCUGCAGACACAGUGGUCAUUUUUGACAGUGACUGGAACCCUCAUCAGGACCUGCAAGCCCAGGACCGUGCCCAUCGCAUCGGCCAGCAGAACGAGGUCCGUGUUCUUCGACUCUGCACGGUAAACAGCGUGGAGGAGAAAAUCUUGGCAGCGGCCAAGUAUAAGCUAAACGUGGACCAGAAGGUGAUCCAGGCGGGCAUGUUCGACCAGAAGUCCUCUAGUCACGAGCGCCGAGCCUUCCUGCAGGCCAUCCUGGAGCAUGAGGAACAAGAUGAGGAGGAGGAUGAGGUGCCAGAUGAUGAGACUGUUAACCAAAUGAUUGCCAGGAGUGAAGAGGAGUUUGACCAAUUCAUGCGAAUGGAUCUGGAUCGACGCCGGGAGGAGGCACGGAACCCCAAGCGCAAGCCUCGUCUGAUGGAGGAAGACGAGCUGCCCACCUGGAUAAUGAAGGACGACGCAGAAGUGGAGCGACUCACCUGCGAAGAGGAGGAGGAGAAGAUGUUUGGCCGUGGCUCACGCCAGCGCAAGGAGGUGGACUACAGCGACUCCCUCACGGAGAAACAGUGGCUUAAGGCCAUAGAGGAGGGCACUUUGGAAGAAAUGGAGGAGGAGGUUCGUCAUAAGAAAACAACUCGCAAGAGGAAGCGGGACCGCGACCUGGACCUGCCAGGCCCGGACAAAGACGACGACAGCAAAAGGCAGAAGAAACGCGGGCGGCCUCCCGCCGAGAAACUCUCGCCCAACCCGCCUGCCCUCACUAAAAAAAUGAAGAAAAUUGUCGAUGCUGUCAUCAAAUACAAAGAGAGUAAUGGCCGACAGCUGAGCGAAGUUUUCAUCCAGCUUCCCUCUCGGAAAGAGCUGCCUGAGUACUAUGAGCUUAUCCGUAAACCCGUGGACUUCAGGAAGAUUAAGGAGAGAAUCCGGAGUCACCGCUACCGCAGUCUGAACGAUCUGGAGCGAGAUGUGAUGCUGCUGUGUCAGAACGCACAGACCUUUAAUCUGGAGGGUUCACUGAUCUAUGAGGACUCCAUUGUGCUCCAGUCAGUGUUCAGCAGCCUGCGGCAGAAGAUUGAGAAAGAGGAGGAGAGCGAAGGGGAGGACACUGAGGAGGAAGAGGAUGAGGCUGAUGAAGGGUCAGAAUCAGAAUCGCGUUCAGUGAAGGUGAAGAUUAAGCUGGGACGGAAGGAGAAAGCUCUGGAGCGAGGGAAGGGCAGGAGACGCGGGGGCCGCACCAGAGCCAAACCGGUCGUGAGUGACGACGACACCGAAGAGGAGCAAGAGGAAGUGAGACAUGAACGCUCAGCGACUGCUAGCGAAGAGGACUGAAGCAAAAUAUUAUGGCAUCAAAACUUUCCCAAUCUAGAGAGGAGAUAUGUUAUGAAGUUGAUUAAAAUGUCUCUGUGGUACUUGCCUAUGUAAAGAGCUGUGUUAGUCGGUAUUGUAAAAUGGCUGGAUGGA